AGGUGCUGUGGCGCGCGCCCGCCCGCUCGCGCCGCCGCCCGGGCCGUCCCUUCCCGCCGCCUCACUGCGCCCCAAGAUGGCGGCCGCAGCGCUGCUCCGGGGUGCAGCUCCAGGGCGCGGCGGCCGGGCCUGGAGCUGGCGGCUGCGCGCUGCCCCGAGGCGUCGCCUGGGCCACAACUCCUGCUGUCUGCGUGGUGAGUCCGCGGGCAGCGCGGCGUGGACCUGCUUCCUACUGGACGAGCGCGCCCUGGUGCGCGUGCGUGGGCCGGACUCUGCGCCCUUUCUCCUGGGUCUGCUGACCAAUGAGCUGCCGCUUCCAGGUCCUGCGGCCGGCGAGGCUUCAACUUCGGCGCGUUCGGGCUACGCCCACUUUCUCAACGUCCAGGGACGCACCCUCUAUGACGUCAUUCUCUACGGGCUCCCUGAGGGCUCCCACGAGCAGCCUACUUUCCUCCUGGAGUGUGACAGCUCAGUGCUGGAUGCGCUGCAGAGGCACCUGGUGCUGCACAAGAUCCGGCGGAAGGUCACCGUGGAGCCAUGCCCCGAGCUGCGGGUGUGGGCCGUGCUGCCCUGUGCCCCUGAGGAGGCCGGCAGGGCUGUGCUACUUCAGGAGAAGGCCAAGUGCACCACCAUCCUCACCCGUGAUCCCCGGACUGCUCGCAUGGGCUGGCGGCUCCUCUCCCAGGAUGAGGGCUCAGCCCUGGUGCUUGGGGGCCGUCUUGGGGACCUCCAGGAUUAUCACCGACACCGGUACCAGCAAGGCGUUCCCGAGGGGGUCCAUGACCUGCCCCCAGGAGUAGCCCUACCGCUGGAGUCUAACCUGGCCUUCAUGAAUGGCGUCAGCUUCACCAAAGGCUGCUACAUUGGCCAGGAGCUGACGGCUCGCACCCACCACAUGGGUGUCAUCCGAAAGCGCCUCUUCCCAGUACAGCUGUCAGGCCCCCUCCCUGUGGGCAGCAUUGCCCCUGGCACCGCUGUGCUCACCAAGUCGGGGCAGGCAGCCGAAAACCCUGAUACUGGUGUCUUCCCAUGUCAGUGGGCGAGGACCUCUUGCAUUCUUUCUAUGACUGCAUCCUGCGUUCGCCAGUGUUCGCCAGUUAUACGUGUUUUGCUGCGGAGUGGGUCUGCAGAGCUCGUCAUGCUGCUAUCCCAGAAGUGGACCCUCUGAACCUUGUUUCUGAACUAAGGCUGAUGCCUGUGGUUCUCAAACCUCAAGGUGUUGGAAGAGGCUUAAAACCCCUGCCACCUGACGAUUGGACUGUUUUGCAUUGAUGUGAAUAUCAUGGGGUAAGACAUGGGAGAUGACAAAGGAGCCUUCUCUCUAUGAAGCCCCACAAGGCUUUGUAGACUUGUUUUGGAGAAAUACCAGCCUCAUUCCAACAUUGGAUGGACGUUCAACAUAGCUGUGGAUGCCGAUGCACCUCCCAGCAUUAUUUGCAAAAAUAUGUGAUGGUUCUUUAGUCUUGGUUACGAAAUCUUUUAAAGGGCGCAAGAAGAAUUCUUCCAGAGGCAUGAGGUCCCAGGGAGAGGUAGAGCCUUUUCGCACUAGGUAAUUUCUGCAGGUGACUAAUAUUUUGCAAGCAAAAUAGCUAUUUAUUUCAAGUGCUCAACAUUUACAGUAUUCCAUUGUAUGAUAGCAUGUUAUCAGAUGUUAACAGAAUCAAAGCUUGAAAUACUAACUUGAAUUUUUAAAUGGAUAUAAAGGAUGGCUGUGGGUAUGCACGUAACAUGAUCAAUCCUUGUAACUUUAUGGUAUUAUUUUUUCACAUGUGUUAAAUAAGUGUAUCCUCAGUAAAGUUUUCUUGUUACUAUUACAAUGCCCCUUAAGAUUUUAGAAGUAGAUGGAUCCAGGGGUGUUUUCCAGCAACUACAACCCAUUCCCCCAUUCUCAGUGGGUAUGAGCUGGGUGUCCAACAAUUUGACUCAAUUCUGACACUAACUAUCUGGAGAUAGCGUCAGACCCCGCAGGUUAAGGGCUCAGUCCCACAAGGCCACCCCCAUUUCAGAUGCCAAUCGCAAGUCCAGAGCCACCCACACUUCUGACCUACUGGCUAUACAUCAGGGUUCCCAUGACCCCCUUCUCAGGUUCAGUCAUUUGCUAGAAUGGUUCACAGAACUCAGGAAACACUUAUGUAUUUUUACUGGUUUAUUAUAUAAUAAAGGAGAUCAAAGGAGGUGUGAUCAAUUAUUAACUCCAUUUCCAGACUCUCUUUCUUCUCUGGAGAAUGGGGGUGGAGUGGGGUUGAAGAUUUCAAGCUUCUAAUCACAGCUUGAUUUUUCUGGUGACCAGCCUCCAUCCAGGAAGCAUCCAGGAGCCCGCCAAGAGUCACCUCAUGAGAACAAAAGACAGUCCUAUCACCUGGGAAAUUCCGAGGGAUAUAGGAGCUCAGUGUCAGGACCCAGGGACAAAGACCAGGUAUAUAUUUCUCAUUAUGCCACAGACCCUGAACUGUUUUAGCUACCCAGCUGCCCAGUACCUGACCAUGAACUCUCUGAUGAGGCUUGGUGGUGUGCAGACUUGGUUCUCAGUAAGAUUCAGCAGUUGCUUCUGAGUCUACCAAAUUAAAGUUGUUUAAUCCAUUAAAAAUCUUUUUAUGAAA